AACACAGAUCAGAAGUAUUCGAUCUGUCGGCGCGACCAGUUGGCAUAGCGGUGGAUUUUGCUUCGAUCAUCGUAAGCGUCGGAGAUAAAUUUUGUGAAGGUAGAAUUCUCAACCGUAGGAACGCGCGCGCGAUCACUUGCUCUGGUGAAGGUACAGCUGUGGUGAAUAUCGAAAGGUGAAGUGCAAAAAAACAUGAAGCUAAAAGUAGAACCAGUCGUUUGGCAUUUCGUGCAAAUACUGAUCUUGGUGGCAUUCACGGUCGAUGCGGUGAAGUUGGAGGAAAAGUUCAAGUGGCGUGAAGUGGAGUUUGACUGGACCACACCGGAAGCUAAACAAGAGGCACUCAAGUCCGAGAAAUAUGUCCCCUCGAACAACCUGCCACUGGGGCUGGAACGAUGGAGAGAUAAGCUGUUCAUCACCGUUCCAAGAUGGAAAUCGGGAGUGGCAGCUUCGUUAAACUUUGUGAACAUAUCAGAUGGUGUAUCACCUGUGCUGCAUCCUUAUCCGUCGUGGGAAGCCAAUCAAUUGCCGGAAAAUUCUGAUGCUGAUAGUGCUUCUAAAACGGAAGGUUCUCCAAAGAUGCUUCAAGAUAACACCACAAUCAUUUCAACGUUCCGAGUGCGGGCCGAUGAGUGUGACCGGCUGUGGGUGAUGGAUACAGGUCUGGCCGAUAUUCUGGGAAAUCCGACACAGCACGCCGCACCUUCGCUAGCAAUCUUGGACCUGUACACCGAUAAGCUGAUUAGACGGCACUAUUUUCCGGAUGCACUUCUCAAGGAAGACUCUUUUUUUGCCAAUGUGAUCAUCGAUGCUGAAAGAGGAGAUUGCGACAACGCCCACGCUUACAUCCCGGAUCUUGGAGGCUACCAAGUUAUAGUGUAUUCGUUCAAAAACGAUAAAUCAUGGCGUGUCAAGCACAACUUUUUCCACUUUGAUCCGCUGGCUGGGGACUAUAACAUCGGAGGGGUUAAUUUCCAAUGGACCGACGGUGUGUUUGGAAUGGCCGUCGGAAAGCGGACCAGAGACGGUACCCGGCCAGUUUUCUUCCAUGCUUUUUCCAGCACCAAGGAAUUCAUGGUGUCCAAUCGUAUCCUUCAGAAUGAAACUUACUCCCAAAGUCCGGAAUCUUACUAUGACUACAAGCUGAUGGGAGAUCGUGGACCAAACUCCCAAUCAUCUGCCGAGUUUUACGAUGCGGAAACGGGCAUUAUUUUCUACACCCAGGUCAACAAGGAUGGUGUUGGCUGUUGGAACACGGCAAAACCACUGAAUCCGGAUACCCAGGGGCUAGUUGACUCGGACAGUGACGCGCUUGUUUUCCCGAACGAUUUGAAGGUUGACUCUGAGGGAAACGUCUGGGUACUGUCGGACCGGCUUCCAAUGUUCAUCUUUACAUCUCUUGAUCCUGAGCAGUACAACUAUAGAAUUUUAACCGGUCGUGUAUCUGAUAUCAUUAAGGGCACGCCUUGCGAUGUUCUGUAGGACACGAAUUGAACGAAAAUUUUUGUAAAGUUCUGCAUUUAAACUUGCUUUUCGCAAGCAAUCAUAAUAAAAGUAUUGACUCCACAUUAACAAAA